UUACACAGCGUGAUCCGGCCCAGAGGAGAUUCCGAAGGUCUUGGAAAUCAGCGGCGAGCGCAACCUCAUCGACAACUUCUCCUACCACGUGUAAUAAUCACGGUACACAAGUUUGAUUCAAACCUAAAAUGCAUUGUUAUGUUUAUGCUUUGUAUUUUUAUUAUGACGUUUUGAUUUAUUUCAGUUGCAUGGUUUUGAUUUAUUUCAUGAUUAAGAAAGCAUAUUUCAUGUUAUAAACCUCAAAUCUAUGUUUUUCUACUUUGUUUCAUACUUCCUUCAAAUGUGGAGAUUUACAUGGCUUUUUUUAUAUUUUGAUUUAUUUCAAACAUAUUUGUAACUAUGAUCAAUACUGUAAGAUCAAUGGCACCAUCUACACUUAACCAACAUAGGUCGGUUGCAGCCCUACAUCACGUCCCUACAAAGUUUCCUUUCGUGUUAUUUGAUGACGUUGAGAGCGAUGACUUACCAAAAUUUAAGAGUAUCGUAGCCAGAAUCGUUGUUAAGUUCCCUAGACGUCAUGACAGCCAACAUUUUAUUCUACAAGACAUCACUGGGUCAAAAAUAGAAGCAAUUUCAUACCGCCAUAAUGUCCAAAGAUUUGACACCUUACUCCAACAAGGAUCUACAUAUACAUUAUAUGGAGUGGCGUUCUAUGUAAGCUGGGGGCCGUAUCUAUUUCGGAAUUUUGGACAUAGGCUAGAAUUGACCUUGGCAACUCGGACUGUUGUGGAACCAUUCCACUUGCCAAUUCAGUUCCCGCCGUAUCCAAAACAUCUUAUGCCAUUUCAUGAGGUCCUCCAACAACCUCAUAAGAGGUUUAUAGAUGUAAUAGGAAUUGUCAUUCAUUUGGCGCCGUUAGAGCACAUCGGUGGAAGGCCGUACAGAGAGGCCAUACUAAUGGAUUCCAGGUGGGAUAUAAUCGUCGUGGGUAUAUGGCCUGAACUGUUGCAAAGAAAUGCUCUACGGUGGGUGUUAGCUAGAGACAACAAGAGCAUAAUUAUCAGAACUAUGUUGCGUCGUAACAAGCUACACAGAUGCUUGCAAACCUCGGACCAUAGCACUGUUGAAUUCGAUCCAGAUCAUCACACCACACAACGGUUGCAGACAAUUCGGCGCUCCAUGAUCCAAAAUCCGAGGAGUGCUUUAAUCAACAAUUAUCUAGAGAGGAGACGUGCUUAUCUGGCAACAGUGGUUCCGGAUGUGUAGUGCAAUU